UCCUCCCAUCACCCCACGAACGGAUUCCGCCCUUUAGAUCCCCGUUUCGUAAUCUUCCCCAAUUCGUAACUGAGGCAAAAAUCAAGGUAGGGCGGGCGCCCUACCUUGCCCUACUGGGUCCUCCGCCCAUGCACCUGAUGCCUUCGCUGAGUCUAUGGCGCUCCCUUGGUGCUGCAAGGGCCCUGCAAGUACUUGCUCCUUGUACAUUGUCGUUAUCAUCGUUUACACACCCGAAUCUUAAUACUAUUAACCUCACGGUGGAGGAAGAAACAUCAGCCACACAGAUCAAGAAUUCCCUCUUGAAGGCGCGCAAUGGGAGUGUGCAGGAUUUGGUUCAGUCCCUUGGGAUUGGCUGUCCAGGAAUUCAGCCUACAAGUAACAUCGUUGACGGCUUGCUGUCUAAGUUUGGGGAUGACUGGAAAUCUGCAUUGGGUCUGUUUCAGUGGGCGCAGUCAAGUGGCAAUUACAAGCACACGGCAUAUGCUUGUAGUCGGAUGAUCGACUUGCUUGGGAAGAUGAGGCAGAUUGACCAGAUGUGGGAUUUGUUGUCUGACAUGCACUGCAGGGGUCUUGUGACUGUAGAGGCAGCUGCAACGAGCAUCAGGAGGCUGGCAGGGGCAAGGAGAUGGAAGGAUGCUGUCCUGUUGUUCGAUAAGCUGGGGGACAUGGGGCUGGAAAGGAAUACAGAGACGAUGAAUGUUCUACUUGAUGCACUUUGCAAAGAAAAGAAGGUCGAAGUAGCGCGCAAGGUCUUUCUUGUGCUCAGUCCGCACAUCCAGCCUGAUGCAUACACCUUCAACAUUUUUGUCCAUGGGUGGUGCAGUGCACGUAGGAUAGAUGAGGCAAUGUGGACAAUUGAGGAGAUGAAAGCCCAGGGGUUUCCGCCUUCAGUUAUCACAUACACCACUGUUCUUGAAGCUUAUUGUAAGCAACACAACUUUAGGAUGGUCUAUGAAAUUCUUGAUUCCAUGUCUUCUGAGGGCUGCCAUCCAAACGUCAUCACUUACACUAUGAUCAUGACUUCAUUGGCAAAAUGUCAUAUGUUUGAAGAAGCUCUGAGUGUAUCUCAUAGAAUGAAGUCGUCUGGUUGUAAGCCUGAUACACUAUUCUACAAUUCCUUGAUUAACCUGCUUGGUAAAGCAGGCCAUCUGUCUGAAGCUUCCCAAGUAUUUCAAGUGGAGAUGCCAAUGAAUGGUGUGCCCCGUAGUUUGGCUACCUAUAACACCAUGAUAUCAGUUUUUUGCUACAAAGACCUGGAUGAAGAUGCUCUCAGUGUGCUGAAAGAAAUGGAGACACAGUCUUGUAAGCCUGAUCUCCAGACAUACAGACCACUUCUUAGACUGUUUUUAAGUAGAAGAGGCCAAGAUGACACCGUUCGGAACUUGUUAAAUGAGCUUAUGAAUAAACACAGUCUAGGUUUAGAUCUUGAUACAUACACCCUUCUGAUUCAUGGUCUUUGUAGGGUGGGUGAGACUGACUGGGCAUAUCGACUGUUUGAUGAGAUGGUUGGUAGUGAAAUAGUACCUAGGUAUAGAACUUGUGAGUUGCUUUUGAGUGAAGCACAAAGGAAAAAAAUGGAGGAGUGGGUUGAAAGAAUCCAGAACUACAUGACUCGCUUUCUCUGUUCUGUUUGAAAUGAGAUGAGUUAUAUUCUCUUAUGUGAUUGAUUUUCUAGUGGUAAAGAAAGAAGGCUUUAAAAUAUUUGUGGCCAGUCUGCGAUUAACCAUACACUGGAAGUACGGAAGUAUCUUGAGACUAUCAAAGAUCAUCCAUGUUUGAAUGUGGUGUCAAUGAGAAGGAAUACAAGUCUGGCGACAACAUUUUCUCCAAUGCUAGCUGCACCACCAGCUGCCUUGCCCUUGCUAAGCUCUAUAAAUCUGGGCAAAGAUGGCAUUUGGGAGGUAGAUGCGACAACAUCUCCAGCAAACAGAUUGAACAAAAACAAAAUUUCUGCAAAGCUGCAGAGAAGAAAAAUCAAGCGAUGACCAAAUUGACCUACACGGGAGUACACGAAAAGCACAAUCAAUAACUCAUUGGAGUAGAUCAUGAUGGCUAUGCUAGGAACAACAAUGGAGCAGAUAGACCAUUAUUCCGCACCACGCUAGCUCCACCUUCGUAGCACCGUGCUAAGGCCUAAAGACAGAAGGGUAGUUCUUGCACCGCUGACAAGGACGCGAUCGUUCGGUAAUGUUCCUCAGCCUCUAUUGUAUUAUCAGUAGAGAACAACCAAAGGAGGCCUUCUGAUUGCUGAGGCCACAGGAGUAUUGGACACUGCUCAAGGGUACAAAGAUACCCCUGGCAUUUGGACAAAGGAGCAGGUGGAAACAUGGAAGCCAAUCGUAAAUGGGGUUCAUGCGAUUGGAGGGAUAUUUUUCUGUCAGAUUUGGCAUGCAUGAAGAGUCCCAGAUUGUAGGUUGGGAUGAGGCUCUCGCCCUUUGCAAGCUACUUGGAAUCAUCAGACUCCAACCCAGAAGCUCCAGGCCUGUACAUGGCGCACGCACUGAAGAAAUUGGGGAUCCUCUACUGCCACGUGGUGGCACCUUCGUUGUGGCCAGGGUGACGGGAACGAAGCAGUCUCCAUUGGCUACUCUGAUUUGGUUGCCUCCGGGCGCUUGUUCUUGCCCAAUCCUGACUUGCUUCGGAGGUUUGAGAUAGACGCUCCUCUAAACAAGUAUAAUAAAGCUACUUUCUACAUCCUUGAUCCGGUUAUUGGAUACACUGACUACACAUUUCUUCCCUCCGAUGUGUAAAAGGAUGUCUCUGAGUUCUUGCCCCUUAGAUCAUUUCGUUAGAGCAGCUUCCUGUUGUAUCGCCGGCAUUAGAAGAAUAAGGUCAUCGGUUUGAAUGCUUAAUUUUUAUGUGUAUGGACAUAUAUAGUAUGGACUAAAUUUAUGUUUUUUGUAGUUAAGAAUUUCUUAUGUGAGAAGUAGAAAAGGAAAUGGACAAGCAAAUUAAGCAGCCA